CUUCUGUCAAAUCAGUCAUAGGUAUAGUCUAUCGGACGAGAAGAGAUGGCCCGGCUCACGGGUUUGCGAGGCACAGAUCCAGAAGGCGAGUUCUUUCCGCCGAAGCUUCUGCGAGACCGCGACAGAAACAACUCCUAUUUGGAGAUCUAUAUGACCUCGUUUAUUUGCGGCAGCAGUGCUGAACUGGCGACCUAUCCGUUGGAUUUGGUGAAGACCCGGAUGCAUAUACAGGGAUAUUUUCCCGAUCGACAUGGUGUGGGCUAUACGUACAGGAACGCUUGGGCGACCGCCAAGGGCGUCAUCCUGGAGGAGGGCGUGAUGAAACUAUACGCCGGACUGUCUGCUCAGUUGGUGAGACAGAUAUUCUUUGGUGGGACAAAAUUCAUCAUAUACGACGCACUCAGCAAGAAUCUGAGGACGCGUACCAAGGACAACAAGUUCCAAAUCUCCUACUUUAACUCCUGCUUCUGCGCCGUCAUGGCUGGCGGGGGCGCCAAUCUCCUUACCGUGCCCACCGAGCUGUUCAAGAUCCGGAUGCAGAUGGAAGCCAAGCGGCGGGCGGCCGGUCUUCCUCCGCGGAUCAACAAUGUCAUUCACGGCCUGACCUCCACUGUACGAAGGAACGGAUUUUAUGGUCUGUGGGGUGGUGUUGGGCCCACCACCUGGCGCGGAGCACUGCACACUUUGGCCGAUGUUGGGACCUACGAUUUCUUCAAGCGAUCGCUUAUCAAGGUACUCGGGAUUCCGGAUAACCGGGGUAUCCACUUUGUAGCCGCCUUGUUGUCCGGUAUAGCGGUAGUUGUGCUAAGUAAUCCGCCUGACGUGGUCCGGUCACGGGUGAUGUUCCAGCCAAGAGACAAGCGUGGCCGGGGUCUUCACUUCAAGAACGGUCGGCAGUGCUUUAUGCGUUUGAUAAGGGAGGAAGGUAUCAUGGCCAUGUACAAGGGCUGGCUUCCCUUCUGGCUACGCGUGGGUCCUUGGACAUUCAUAUUUUGGUUUACAUUCGAACACCUUCGAGGGAGACGCGGUGACCAACAUCGCUACAAUUGACAGUACCAGUGUGGUGUUUGGCAAAAUUUUCGUAAUUCGUUACUAUGGGUUAUAAGUCAAGGGUUUUUCUAGAAGAGUUUAUU